CGCUACCUUGCCAUCUGCAAACCCCUGUACUAUGGCACAAUCAUGGACAGCAGAGCUUGUGUCAGAAUGGCAGCUGCUGAAUGGGCCAGUGGGUUUCUCAAUGCUCUCCUGCACACUGGGAACACAUUUUCACUACUGCUCUGCCAACGCAACAGAGUGGACCAGUUCUUCUGUGAAAUUUCCCAGAUCCUCAAGCUCUCCUGCUCUGACUCCUACUUCAGGGGAGUUGGGUUUCUUGGGAUUAGCGGCUGUUUAGUGUUUGGAUGUUUCGUUUUCAUUGUGCUGUCCUACGUGCAGAUCUUCACUGCUGUGCUGAGGAUCCCCUCUGAGCAGGGCCGGCACAAAGCCUUCUCCAUGUGCCUCCCGCACCUGGCCGUGGUCUCUCUGUUUGUCAGUACUGUCAUGUUUGCCUACCUGAAGCCACCUUCUAUCUCCUCCCCAGUUCUGGAUCUGGUACUGGCUGUUCUGUACUCAGUGGUGCCUCCA